ACAGUGGUGAAAAUGUAUUAAAAGCUUUCACUCAAAUGUGCAUAAUGUUUGUUGAACACUUAUUAUUUAAAUGCCGAGUGAACACUUGUUAUUUAAACGCCGGCUGAAGCACACCGCAUACUAGAUAAAUUUUACAAAAUGACAAAGACUAGAGUGUACGUUAUCGGAGUGGGCAUGACCAAGUUUGAGAAACCUGGUCGUCGCGCCGAUGUUUGCUAUCCAGACAUGGCCAAGGAGGCCGUGACCAAGGCUCUGCAGGAUGCUAGUAUCAAAUAUGAGGAGGUGCAACAGGCUGUCGUCGGUUAUGUCUACGGUGAUUCCACUUGUGGACAGCGUGCGGUAUAUGAAGUUGGCAUGACCGGCAUUCCAGUUUACAAUGUAAACAACAACUGCUCCACGGGCUCCAGUGCACUGUAUCUUGGCAAACAGAUCAUUGAGUCUGGCAAUGCGGACUGUGUUUUGGCUUUGGGCUUUGAGAAGAUGGAGCGUGGCUCCUUGGCAGCAAAAUACUUUGAUCGCGCUAAUCCCAUGGAGCGUCACAUUACUGAAAUGGGCGAGCUGACCGAGAUUGGCGCUGGUCCAAUGGCUGCUCAGAUCUUUGGCAACGCAGGCAAGGAGCAUAUGGAGAAGUAUGGCACCAAGCCAGAACAUUUCGGCAAGAUUGCCUGGAAGAAUCACAAGCAUUCAGUUAAUAAUCCCUACUCGCAGUUCCGCGAUGAGUAUACGCUGGAGCAGAUUAUGAAGUCGCCGCAAGUGGUGGAGGGUGUGCUGACCAAGCUGCAAUGUUGUCCCACCUCUGAUGGCUCUGGAGCUGCCAUUUUGGCCUCUGAGCAGUUUGUGCGUCGUCAUGGUCUGGAGAAGCAGGCGGUGGAGAUUGUGGGCAUGGAAAUGGCUAGCGAUCCAGCUUCUACUUUUGCAGACAAAAGUCUCAUGAAGAUUGCCGGCACCGACAUGACUCGUCUGGCUGCACAGAGACUGUUUGUUAAGAGCGGUUACAAGCCACAGGAUGUGCAGGUGGUGGAGCUGCAUGAUUGCUUCUCUGCUAAUGAGCUGGUGACCUAUGAAGCAUUGGGCCUCUGUGCUGAGGGCAAGGCUGGUGAAUUUAUUGAUCGUGGCGAUAAUACUUAUGGUGGCAAGUUUGUAAUUAAUCCCAGCGGUGGACUCAUCUCCAAGGGACAUCCUCUGGGCGCCACUGGCUUGGCUCAGUGCGCCGAGCUCUGCUGGCAGCUGCGUGGUCUGGCCGAGAAGCGUCAGGUGGACAAUGUGAAGCUGGCGCUGCAGCAUAAUCUAGGCUUGGGUGGUGCUGUAGUGGUGGCGCUAUAUCGCUUGGGAUUCCCAGGUGCGAACAAAGCUAAACUGUAAACAUUUUGUUGAUUAUUUUGUAAAUAUAUUUUUUCAAUGCAAAAGAUAA